UUAUUUGGUUUUCCCAUCUCACUCCCCCCACUUGGAAAACCUUCUUUCUCAACUGCCACCUCCGAGACCGAGAAGACUGUGAGAGAGACAAAAAGAGUCACAGAGAGUUUUGAAUUAGGUGAAAUUCUGUUGCUGUAGAUUAGAUAUAGAUAGAUUCCUAUUGAUCCCAAACCUAAUUUUCGAAUUUUGAAAUCAAAACUCCAAUUCCAUUUUCUCUGCGAAUUUUUUUUUUUUUUCAUUUUAAUUUAAAUUUAUUAUCACGUUGGACUAUUCGAAUUCCAAUUUAUAGCGGUUUAUUUGGAGUUCUUAAUGCUGAUUGAUGACGAGCUUUAACCUCAUAUCCCAAAAUGCCGGUUAUCUUUGCUCGUGAGGCUCCCAAGCUAUGGAGGAAAGUAUGCGCAGAGACGUCAACUGAAAUUUCGCUUCUUUCCGGGACUUGGAAGUAUUUUCUUGCUGGUCUCGUUAUUCAGUAUCUUCAUGGACUAGCUGCUCAUGGUGUUCAUUAUUUACAUCGGCCAGGACCGACGCUUCAGGAUGCUGGGUUCUUUUUCCUCCCGGAACUUGGUCAAGACAGAACUUAUCUUAGUGAGACUCUCUUUACAGUCAUCUUUUUCUCCUUUGUCUUGUGGACUUUUCACCCCUUUGUUUUCCAGUACAAAAAGAUAUAUACAGUUCUGAUAUGGUGCAGAGUAUUUGCUUAUCUAGGCGUCUCUCAAAUGCUCCGGAUUAUAACCUUCUAUUCAACUCUGCUUCCUGGUCCAAACUAUCAUUGCCGUGAGGGCUCAAAACUUGCCAGGCUGCCUCCUCCAGAGAGUGCACUUGAAGUGCUCUUAAUCAACUUUCCCCGAGGAGUAAUGUAUGGUUGUGGUGAUUUGAUCUUUUCAUCACACAUGAUUUUUACCUUAGUAUUUGUGCGCACAUAUCAGAAAUAUGGAACAAAGAGGUGCAUUAAGCAGAUUGCUUGGUUAGUUGCUGUUAUUCAGAGCCUUCUGAUUCUAGCAUCUCGCAAACAUUACACUGUUGACAUUGUUGUUGCCUGGUACACUGUAAAUUUGGUAGUGUUCUUUAUUGACCAAAAAUUGCCAGAAUUGCCUGAUCGGUCCCUUGGUUCUACAUCUCAACAACUGCUACCAAUAAGCAGCAGAGAUAAGGAAAGCAAGAACAGAGAAGAGCUUGACAAAUUCCGGAAUGGAAAUUCUGCCAACAUUACCACUUGAGUCUGGAAAACCAGUAAAUAUUUCUUAUUGUCCCAUUUGGUUUGACCUCAUUUUGUGGAUGCAAACAUCAUUUGUAAUGCAUGUCUCCAGAUAGUAGGACCGACAAAUCUAAAGUUUCGCAAUAGGAACAUACUUAGCAUUAUAUGGUACAUAGAUGAGCAGCACAAGCUGAAGAUGGCUUUGCUGCUGUUAAAAGUCCUAAGUUGCUUCAACAGAUGCAAUAUUGUCUCUUUAGCGAGGCUGAUAAACGUAAUUUGUAUUAUUGCUGGAAAUGGAAUGGUUUAGGUUUUAGUAUGCUCAUGAGUAACCACUUUUUCACUGUUUAGUGUCACCCAUAUCAUAUUUGUGCAGCUAACUCUUACUCAUACAUAUACUGUCAUCAUAGUCAUCAUCAUUAUCAUCUUUGUCGUCAUCAUCGCAGAAAUGAAUUAUAGAGAUUGUAUGCACAAGAAUGAGUCUAGAAAAGUGGUAAUUAUGGAUGAAAUCCAAGUCAUUGUGUUGGAGCACCAGGUUGUCAUGUUUAAAAAGAUUGCUUCAAAAUUUGGUCCACAAAACAGGUUGUGUGGGGUGAAGAAUGGGAGAGGCAUCACAUACAAUACAAGACAAGAGGGCUUAGAAUUAUUCUCAAAGGGCACAGUAACUAGAGGAAGCAAUUUAGGGCUGGCAUGACCCAAUUAUGCAAUUUAAUAAUGCUUCUUGUCUCAUGGCCCACAAGGACCACCAACCCUUUUGCUUUCCAAGUGCCCUUUCUUUUUUUCCCAUGUAUAUUCUCUCUUUUCAUAGGUUGUUGAAGCAUGAUAUUGGAGACAGCUCUUGUUACAUCACAUGCCUCUCUUGCUUGCUUUCCCUUCACUAUCUGAGCGACUGUUUCUUUUUCCUUUUUAGCUGCAAGUCUCUUAACUUUUAGU